AUGGGGAAGGUAUUACAGAAGAAGAAGAACCGAUCUUCAAACCCCAAGGUGAAGCAUAAGAGCAAGAAGGCCAAGAACGGAAAUAAGAAGAUAAACGUCUUUGGAAAUGCCGUUAUCAAGAGUAACUGGGAUAAGAAGUUAACGCUUACCCAGAAUUACCGCCGACUCGGCCUGACGUCUCGCUUAAAUGCACCUGCAGGUGGAAUAGAGAAGAAGGCAUCCAAGGACAACGAUACCAUACGGUCCGGUCCAAGUGAGGCCUUCCAUGUACCACUCACACAAAAACGAAGCAAGAAACUUCAGCCAGGUGAAGUCCGCGUUGAACGCGACCCGGAAACCGGAAAAAUUCUGCGAGUCAUCAGCGGGGAUAACGAGGAGGAUGAAAUCGUCGAAAUCGCGGGGCGGAAACGAAGAAGAGAUAACCCCCUCAACGACCCGCUAGAGGAUCUGCCAGAGGACACUGAGAUGGCUCUUGAUGGCCUUAAUGGCACCACGUCAGCCUUUGAUGUUGUAGCGGAGCUGGAGAGACAAGCUGCUGCUCAGGAGGAACAGUUGAAAAACAAGAAACCGAGGCAUCAGAGCAAGAGGGAAGAGGAAUGGCUUGAAAGAUUAGUACAGAAAUACGGCGAUGACACUGCCCGAAUGGCAAGGGAUAGGAAGCUCAACCCCAUGCAACAAACCGAGGCAGACAUUGGAAGGAGGCUGAAAAAAAUGAAGGCUAGACAGGAGCAAGAAUAG